UUUUUGUAUUGUUACUGAAAUUUAUGGGUAUGUUAAGAAAUUGAGAGGUAUUUUCUUUUAAAGAUUAUUAAUUUCUUGUCCUUUUUUUAAAACAUUUAUGAUUGUUUCUUGGGGGUUUGGGAAAUGUCAGAAUGUUUUGCCUUUAUGAUUUUUACCAAGCAUGCGUGCCAUUGCUUUUUUCCUUAAAACAUGCAUUGCAUUUGAGAUGAGUUUAAUUGUUUUUUAUUCCCUUAAUUGAUCAUUCCCAUUCUUUAUGAAAGGUUCAAGUAUGAAACACUGGUUCUCAUGACAGAAGCAUCUCAACUGGUGGGUGUCAACUCGCUUAACUUUGCAUUGUCCUAACUCCUAAAAGACUAGGUAGCAAAUUCCAGUUAUUUUCAGAUGGGAUGGAGGGAUACUUUUCUUUUGUGAUCCAGCCAACCCUUGAAACCAAGAGGGAAAAUCUUGGCCCAGAAAAUCUCUAGUUCUUCAUGGAAGGAGUACGUCUCAAGUUGAAUCUGGAGACGUAGAUGUAUCCCAAUAUUUUCAGCAUAAAAUGUAGGAAAUACUACAGAUUUGCUAUCACUGAGAGAUGGGGCGUGAGGGCUGUGUCUUACUAGGAGCCAUUGAUUAGGAAUGCUAGGUUGGCUGGGAUUGGGAAUCUGGAGUGUAAAGUGCGUGAAUAGAAAAAGGGGAGGUGAUUCUAUGAUGGUUGCUUUAUUAACUAAUCAGGAGCAGAUUCCUCAUUAGACCUGGGAUUUGGGGGCAUUGGAGACUUGAAACAUAUUGUAAUUUGACUGAAUAUAGAUUGAAAAAAUUUGCUAGCUCUUGUAGUUUGAAUGUCCAUGCUUUUGGCAAAAGAGCAUGUGACAAUCAGAGACCUCCCUAAACCUGAAUUCUUUUGUUUGCAGUUUACUUUGGAGAAAUUCACAUGGUAGAUUCAUAUGGAUUCAUAUUUCCAUUACUAAAAUUUAUUUCAGUUUGUUCAAAUGGAAGGCUUAUGUUUAAAAGUUAUGGUGUCCAUACUAUUAUUUGGAAUUAAUUGAAGUGAAAUAAAUAUUGCAAAGCUUUAAUGGGUGGCUGUGUUAAUAAUUCGGUUGGACAUUCAUAGGUAUGGCAAAUGGCCGAGAAGCCCUUGUCUUUCUCCCUCAUGGGGUUGGGAACGGGGGUGCAAAUCCCUGGCAAGGAUGGUGAAUGUACUUUGUAUUUUUUUAUAUUACAAAUGUUGACCCUGCCUCUAGUUUAAGUGGUUUGGUUGAUUGAAAGAGAGUGAAGAAUCUAGCCCAGCAGCCACCCUUGACCUCAAUGGAGCUUUGACAACAUUUCUGUUGUUGGACACCCUUUGAGGGAUGAAAGGGAACACAACUUUGAUAAUUGACUGAGCCAUUCUCCUUUUUUUCUGGCGUUCUUUUCAUUGAAGGUGCUAGAUCCUAGACACACCUUUAAGGAGUGGCCUUUGGUUUUGCCUGAUUUAGAUGGAGGAAUUACACAUCAAAGACAGAAAUUUACGAAGUGAAGUUGUUUAUGAUCUUACGCUUGCAAUGUGGAGAAUCACAAUUGAAAUAGCAAUCUUUAGCUUUGGGGUAUUCCAAGUGCUGGGGCAUUUGUCUGGGCACUUCAAAUUUUUAUAUUCACGCGAUGCACAGGCUUUCGACCGGUAAGUGUAUACAGUUAGGUGUAGGUAAGAAUAGAAAGAUUAUUCCUAGAAGCAACAUAUUAACAAAACUAUAUUUCAAAAGUCACAAGCCCUCAAUUUCUUAUACCAGAAUUACGUAUCCUAUUAAUCAAUCAGUUGAUCACAAAUCCUGCAAGCUCUUGAACAUUUCAUUGGCAUGAAAGAAUAACUUUUCACAAAUUUUGAUGACUUGUCGAUUAAUUCAGAGCUAUUAUAUCUAGGUAUCACUACUCUGUUCUUAUUUCAAUGAUUUCUAUGAUGGCACUUUGUUACUUUCUCCUCAUGGUUUUCUUUUCUCUCUUGUCAUCAGGUGCUGAUGCCAGGGUUAUUACCCUCCAAAAUAAGUGCAACAACACUAUAUGGCCUGCAUUUCAAGUAGGAUCUGGAUUGUAUAAUGCACAUGGAGAAAUUGAUGGUGGUUUUGAGUUAAGACCUGGAGAAUCAGUGAAUGUUACAGCAGAAGAUUAUGCCUUUAUAUGGGGUCGAAAUGGGUGCUCAUUUAAUCAAUCUGGCCAUGGAACAUGCAUCACCGGUGACUGUGGUGGUGUAUUAAGAUGUGGUGAAGCAAGCCAGAGCUUGAUCCCUAUACUACCAGUCACAUAUGCUAUGAUGUAUCUUCAUGAAUUUGUUCCUGAUUUUUAUGCAGUUAGUGUUCAUAAUGGCUUCAAUUUACCAAUUUCUAUAUUGCCUUAUGGGAGCCCUGCUGCUGAAUGUAAGACUUCAAGCUGCUUUACCAACUUAAACCAGAUUUGCCCGAAUGAGCUGCAGGUGAGAUCAAAUGGAAGCAUUGUAGCAUGUAUGAGUCCUUGCCUAGCAUUCAAUAAGCCUGAAUUUUGCUGCGCACGUGGUCGUCUGCAUAUCCCUGAGUACCCUGACAAUGACGACUGCAAGCCUACAAAUUAUUCGGUAGCGUUCGAGGCUGGUUGUCCUACAGCUUCUACAACUGCUGCUUUAGAAUUAUCCAAAGCAUCAGUGUGUUGGAGAGCUAAUUACUUAAUUAGCUUUUGCUGAAACUUAUUUUCAUGUACACAUAAACGUGUAAGGAUGAAAGAAAUAAAAGUAGGAUAGCUAUAGUUCCACAUGAGAAAAUUGUAUAUCGUCUGCAGCAUUAGUGAAUAAGAUGCUGCGUUCAUUUAUAUUUUUUAUCCAAGAAAGGCUUGAUAAGCUUAAUCAGCAUUUAGUCAGACAGUAGGAAAAAAAGAAGACCAAGGAAAGUUUCACAGAAGCAAAAGCUUAAUCAGUAUAUGUCCUUACAGGCAACCAGCUGAUGGUUGAGAAUGCAAGGCUUGAAGUUGCUUCACAGAGUUGAAUAAGAUUAUUUUACCUCCUGCAAAUUGAAUGAUUAAUAAGAUACCUUGUUGAUGUAAUUAUACAUAAGUUCGAAUGUCUAUUUGGUGAAGUAAGAGGUCAUGGUUGAAUCAUUGGCAAUGAACUAACGCAAAUCCAUCUCCAAGAAAACCUUCCCAACUCCUUGUAAGGCUACCAAUGGACCCUGGGAACAAUGGAAUGGCUUAUCCUUCUUGGUUUUUUUUAAGCCACAAGAACCUCUUCAUAUGCCUUGCUAAGUGCUACAACUAUUUCUGUACUUAGAAAUUACAACUUGGACUGCAGAAUUCUAUAGAACUCCACGGCCAUUUCAUCUACAGGUAUCUGGUGAUUUCACAUGGAAGAGGGGGAAAUCUUGGAAAGAGAAGAAAACCUCUUUAUUUUAGUCCAGACUGGCAAAGUUCACAAGCCCUCAAUUUCUCAAUCAAUUGGCAAUAAACCCUGCCAACUCCUCAACAUUCUAUUGGCAUGAAAAAUUCUUGGCAAUACCAUUGGCUUUUUGGUUUGGUACCUUCACUCUAUUCUCUGAUGGCACUUUGGCAUUUUCUCCUCCUGGUUUUCAUCUCUUUAUCAGGCACAUGGGUUAUUCUAUAUGCUUUGUUAAUUUUUUUUUAAGAAAAAUAGAUGAAUUUCAUUGAGGACA